GGGGGUCAUACAAGCCCCAAAAAUGCAAAAACAUCAAAAUCAAUUUUUUUUGAGAUGUCACCUUAUUACUCCCGAGGUGCGAAAUGAUGCUGGAAUGAGACUAAUUUGAAGGGGCGGAAGUUAAGAUCGAAAAAAGGAGGAAAUAAGUUUUUUCGCUUCAAAUGAGGUAAUGGCUUGGGAUGUAGAAAUUUGGACAUAUCUAACAUUUAAUCAGAGUUUUACCCAUUUUCAUCAGUUUGGGUCUUCGUAUUAUGCCCCUUUGAAAAUGGUAUUUUUAUGAUUUUCAACUUUGACUCUCUUACCCCUUCCAGAAAUUAAAUUUUGCUCUUAAAAAAACUCCACUGACUAUUGACCCAUUAUAAUUAUUGGUAUCUACCCAGGUCGUGAGCUGUGAAAUUUCAGGGGAGGGAGAGAAGAAUGAAGCAUAUACUCGUAAGUACAGUGAAAACUAGCAUAAAAUCUGACGUCUCGCUAAAAUGCGUAUGUAGAUGUAGCUCGUCUAAUUUGAGCUCAAAAUGUCAAAAAGUGCCGAAAUAUUUGGCUCUUUGUCCAUUUUUUUAAAAAAUGGCAACCGUACUCGAGCACAAUUUGCUUUGAAAACAGGGUUGGAAAAUUUUUCAAAAAUUCUCAUAAAUGACCCUUAAUGGUGUCUAAAAUUACAGCGAGUUUGUAAAUUUUUUUUCUUGGGUACGCAUUUUUUUCUCCUGGCAAGAAUUAUAUUUCAAAUUGCCUGAAAUUGACAAAAAAGGUGACAGAAUUUGCAUGCCUACGAGUAUUAAAAAUUGUUUAAACAAUGACAUUUGUUCUAAAUUUUGAGAAAAUCUUCUAAUAUUAGUUGGAAAUGAUGAAAAAAGUAAUAAAAUAUCAUGGGAAUUACCUUAUAUGCAUAAAAUAAUGGAAAUGUGAUACACAACUGUGCCUAUCAUGUUUAUGCGUUACUAUUUGGUUAUUGACUAGUUGUAACACAGUGUAUGUCCUCGAGUGGCAGAGCCGUCGCGUGAUGCUAUGAGAGCUAUGGAUGGCAUAGAUGACAGAUGUGUAUUUGAGUCAACCGACAUGGAUACAUCUAUCUUAUUAAUGUCUGAACGUUAAUUUGUUCUCCUCUUUUCUAGCAAUGGUUAAAGUGUUUUUAUGUUAAUAUAGCCUUUGUACAUAUGUACAAAGUCCUUUAUGUCAAUGUUUGGUUAUUCUAUAUAAUCUCUAUUAUUGUGUUAAAGUAGGGUUGUUAACUCAAUCUCAAUCAUUUAUGUUAAUGUUUGCUCAUUCGUGCAGCCUGCACUCUUUCUGAUAGUAUAGAUUAUUGUACUAUCAAUGCUGUGUAAUGAAGCUUAUCCAGGUGACUCUGUGUUAAUGUCUUUAUAUUACAUGGCAUAUGUAUGAUAUUGAUUACCAUUCAACUAGAAUUAACAACCUAUAGCCAGGCAACCAGGUCAAAGUAAGUCAAAGUAGUAUCUCUUAGGUGAACAGUCUAGGAAAUACCACCAUUUGAGCUGAAUUGUGUCAGUCUCAUUUUAUGGAGGUCAAAAAGGAAUAACAGAAGGGUUUCCCAAAUUUAUUUGCUCUUAUCUUGAUUUUUUUCAAUAAGUAAAUCUUUUUUCAGCCAAUCAGCCAUAAAUAAACCUGCAAAAAAUACAUAGCCAAUAAUUUUUACUUUUUAAAAAUUUUGGAAAUCAAAAAAUUUUUGAAAAAUUUGAAAAAAAUUUGUUAGAAUUUGACUUAUGCAAAUGACACAAUUCAGCUCAAGCUAUGUUAGAUGGACAUUAAGUACCAUACCAUCUAUAUCAUUACAUUGGCGCCCAAUGUGGGGCACAAUAUUCACAACAAAAAAAACAAUAUAAGUAUGACAUAACAAAUAUUUUGUCAAUUAGGUAGAAAAAAACACAAAAAUUGACACAAUGAAAUCAAUUUUGAUUAUUGAGAAAAAAAAGUAAUCAAGUGUCCAUGUACAAUGUACAUCAAGCUUUCAUGAGAAAAAAAUUAGGAGUUUUAUAUCAAAACAAAACAAGAUACGGAUUCUUAUGUAAAAUUUAACAGGGAACUGAUUGCAACCAUUGUUAGAACGAAUUAAGCUUUCCUUAUACCUUAAAAUUGCGCUUGAAAUUUUGCUUUCAGAUCAAAACUUACUCAUAUGUCUCCAUUUUGGAACAAAAUGCACCAACUCCACUUCGCUUUUUGUAUUUUUUGUUCUACAUGUGGCAACACUUCAUUUUGGUGCUCCGACAUCAUCCGAAUUGACUUCUACACAAUUUUUACCACCUACCAGAAUGUUCCCCUCCCCCACAACAUUUACGCAGUAUGAUUGGCUAAAAUGAUAGUUUGAAAAAGUCAAAAAAUCAAUAAUUUUAACAAAUUAUGUAAUUUUCAAAAAUUUUAAAUUUGUAUGGUUUUAUUGGUUUUAACAUCACUUUAAGAGUUGGAAAUGAAACUGAAAAACCUGUAUGCAAGAUAUAUUUUUCAGAUCAAAAUGCAUUAAAUCUUCAUUUUUCAGAUCAAAACGCACAAAAACAAAAUUUUCAGAUCAAAACGCACUAAAAAAAUUUUGUUUUCCCCCCACCGCCCCCACAUACUGCGCAAAUUAUACAAAAGCUUGUUAGGUAGGACUUCCUCUUUCCAUUGAUACCUCAUUUGACCCCCACUCUCUCCCUUUCUUCAAUAUUCACUGUUUUUCUCAAUUUACAGUUUGAAAAAAUGGCGUUAGUGAGUUUUGAUAUAAAACUCUUCAAUUAAUACCAAAAACAUGAGACAAACGUUGAAAAUGACGAAAAAAAUCAUGAAAAUUGUGAGAUGGGAACGAAAAUGGGUGAAACUGACACAUAAAUCUUUCAACAAAUUAUUUAAGUAGGUGCAAUAAAGAUUUAAAAAUUCUGAAAUCUAUAAAAAUUUUUAAAAAUUUACAUGUACAGGAAAAUUGUUAAAAAAUAAUGACGGAAAAAACCGAAAUAUACUCCACCAAUAAAGUUGAAGCACCUUGGCUUCGUGUCACCACCAUUAGCGAGAGAAAAGGAAACUAGAUCUUUUCGCUUGUACGUUUAUUUACUGACUAACUUAACAUCUUGAAAUCUACACAAGGUAGCAGUUAUUUGCAUUUCGCUAGGGAGAGAAGGUGAAACCAGGGUAGAACAAUGCACAGGAAAGAGAGAAGGCAGAAGCGACGGGUAGAUAAGUGAGUAUGCAGGUACCUAAGAUGAUGAAAUUCGUGGAAAAAGGCUAUUGUUCAAGAAGGAGCGAGAAUGAGACAAGACGGGAUCGCGAGCUCCGCAAAGUUUUGUAGGAUCUUCAAUUUGAAAAACUACGAAAUGGUGAAGAAAAUUAUGAAACAUUUUCAAAAUUGUGUAAACAACGACAAAAACAAUAUAUGAAAUACCUAUCUUCAAAAUCGUGUAAUAUGGAAUAAGAAUUGCCAGCACGAAAAUUGUAAAAACUGCCAGUGGAAUAUCAUCGAAGCUGAGCAAAAUCCUCAAAAAACAUCUCAAAAUCACAAAAAAUUAGCACCAAUUUGCAGUUGCACAAAAAUUUUUAUGCAUAAAUCACGAUAAAAAAUUUUGAUUCAACAUCCUAACUGUGCAAAAUGAAAUUAAAAUUGAUAAUACAUAAUUCACGAAAAACAGGCCAAAAGUAUGCAGAGGUCUCAGAAAUCGACUCCUUUAUUUCAAUAUUCAAAUCGAACUUUUGCAAAGGCUCCGAUUAGUAGCAAAAAAAAAAAAUUAAUUAAAUAGAUAAAAAUAGAUUCUGACUUAUUUAAAAGACGUUUCGCGAAUCUAUCAGAAAAUGUCACCAUAGUUUUUGAAUAAUACAAUACAGCAUUUAUAACCUGUAACCAUCAAGAACUGUUUGUGGAAUUUUAUUCUUUAAUGAUCAGUUUUCUGUUCAUUUCUAAAGAUCACAACCUCUCUAAUUGAAUAUUUUCUAUUCUUCAACCAAUCAAACAAACAUUCUCAGUAAAGUAAAAUUCACGAUAGCUCAGAAAAAAUGAAAGUAAAAUGCACUUGAAAAAUCCAUACAGAAUAAACACUAGCCCAAUAUUUAAAAAAAAAAAAAUGGCUACGCCAGUGUCUUAUCGACAGCGACGUAACACUUCACACUUAUGAAAUCGUACAUUCAUAAGUUUUUUAUCUUUUGACGAAUACACACGUGUGUAAUACAUACGAGCAUACGUAAUACGUUUUUAAUUCGAAUACCAUUCUUUGCUCAAGAUGGAGAUCACCAACGAAUUACUGAGCAAAAUCCUGAGCGGAGAUUCGUCAUCCAAAGUUGCCAUUCUGGACUGGCAUAUCGAAGACAACAUCGCACCAGGAAACAAUCACUCAUCGAUGCUCUCUCGUUUGAUGGUCGAAUACCAAAGAAAAGGUAAAAUAUUCAAAAAAUCUUUCAUUCUUAAAAUACCUUCGACUCAUCCCGCGUACAAUUUCGGAAUCAAAUUCAAACUGUAUGAAAAAGAAUACCCUAUGUACACCGAAGUGCUCGAAGAAAUGUAUAAAAUUGAUGGCGAACACAUAGGCCCCAGAUUAUACUACACCGAUGAUAAAUACUCGUUGAUGAUGAAAGAUCUCUCUUUAUCCGGGUACAAAGCAGCAGAACGCACCAAACAAUUGGAUUUCCAUCACUGUUGCUUGGUUUUGAAAAAAUUGGCCAGGUUUCACGGUCUAUCGGUAAAGCUAAAUCAAUGUUCAAAAAUAAAUUCGACUAUUAAACGACAGCUUUGGACAGACGAUAUCAAAUGGGAAGAACGAGAUAAAGAAUGCCCAAGACGUUGUUGCGAGCUGUUGGCAGAAAUUGUCCAUCCUAAAUUCGGUCUUCACGAAAAAUUUCACCAGAUCAAGGACGAUGUAUGGGACACAUUGCGUCAAGAAAUAAUUCCAGAUCGAUUCGGGUUCCAUGUCUUGAUUCACGGAGAUUUAUGGCUGGGAAACACGUUAUUCAAAUACGACAAGUAUGGUGACGUGACGAAAGUGAAAUUCAUCGAUUUCCAGUUCUCGUCCUGGUCAUCUCCAGUUUUCGAUAUACUGAAUUUUACCCUAUGUAGUAUACGGUUCGAUGUGUUCGAAAGACAUUUCGACUUUUUAAUGGAAACUUACAUCGAAACGUUAAAUAAAACGUUGAAAUUCGUCCAAUGUGAUUUAUUGUAUUCGUUGGAGGAACUGUAUAGUGAUAUGGAGAAUCUACCAGCUACUGUCAUCAUGAACCUGAGCUGUCGUUUACCUGGAUUUUUACACGGUUAUGAAAAUCCAGUAACGUAUGAAACGUUCAUUAAAAAUGGCAAUUUCGAUUCCGUCGCUCAUCACGAGACAUUUUUUAAAAAUGAAUUGUAUUUGAAAAUUCUUAAUCAAUGGGUUUCCCACUAUCAUAAAAAAGGUUUGUUCGAUUUGAUAUGACCAGAUCACUACACCUACACAUAUCCAUAUCUUGAAUUACAAUUCAAGUAUCAUUUUCUAACUUGGGUAAGAUAUACGAUUACUUGUGUAUAAAUUGUACAGUAUUUAAAACAUUCUCUUCAUUAAUAAAUUUAUUUUUUCAUAAAAAUCCCACAAUUGGGCAGUUAU